AGUCCGCCUCAUUCAAUGUCACUUGCCUCGAGGACGAGUGUUAAGUCAGGCGGCAGCGAAGUGGACUUAAGGCAACGGAAUGCCAGCAUCCGGAACCUCUUCGCCCCCUCGCCGGCUGAGUUGGCCAAAAAAAAGGAAGCUCGUCAAAGGAGCCGCAGCCAGAGCAGCUUCUCGCUCCAAAGGGCCGGCAGCCAGGAUGACGGGAUUGGAAAUAGUAUGGGCAUGGGGUUUGGUAGCAAGAUGGGCAGCCAGAUGGGCCUGCCCAGUUCCAAGAGCUUCGAUGAUUACGCUCUGGGCAUAAAUCAAUUGCCAAUGACUGCGAAUCAAUCGGCAGUGAGACAAUACAAUGGCCAGGACCAUAACGAGCUGGGCUCAAGUCCCUAUGCACCGGCUUCUACAACGGCAUCGGCAUUGGUAAUUCCCAGGACAUCGCACAAUGGCUGCCAUCAGAGUGCAUUUGAAUUGGCAAUGAGCCGGACUCCAUCGAAGCACAAAAACUGGAAGUCGACGAGCCAGCUGGAAAAUUUUAUUAACAGCAACGAGAAGCUGCAGCAGGAGCAGUGGCAGGACACUUCUGUUGACUUUGGUAAUGAAAUGACCUGGGGCAAAUCUGCUGAGAAAUCGCUGCCAUUGAAUCACCUGGUGAAAGAAGAAGGAUUUUCCCUAGACGACCAGUGGGAUUUGGACUUUCAGACGGAGCAGCGCGAAAGUUUGCACAGCCAAAGCUAUCGACCGGCGGUCGCAGCGGCAGCUCAAUCGACGCCGUUGGCACAGCGCCUUCAGCGCUUUCGAUAUCGCCAGCAAUUGCAGUUGCAGUUGCAGCAAGAGCCGCAUCAGCAGCAGCAGCAGCAACAACAAACGAGUGCUGAUAUCGACGUUUACGAUAGCCCCUUUAACGGCCAGUUAUCAGCUGAACCAAUAGGCGUAGCCAAUUGGCGGAGGGGGAACCUCGAAGGGCCCGUUGGCGGGAGAGCUCCAGUUGAGGCAGAGCACUCAGCGGAGCAGGAGGAGCUGCCGCCGGAUCGAGUGCUAUAUCCAGACUCGGAAUCGGAGGAAGAGGAGGCAACGCCACGACGUCGUGUUGUGAUCAGGCGUCGCAUAGUUCGCACCUGUCGCACCGCUCCACAAGAUCCACAGACUCAAACUACAGAGGUUGUUCCGAAAACCUUCAACGAUAGCUCAACUCCUGCCGAGAUCAACGGCCGCAAUCUUGGCUGGCUGACCAGACUGCGCAGUUUUGGAUCGAUCAAUAGGAAAAGCCAGGAGACCGCGGCACCGGCAAAACGCGGCCAACAAAAAGCCAUUUCUCCUGCAAGCAACAACAGUUGCAACACCAAUCCCAUCAUGGCCGUCCUGCGUACUAUGAAAUUAAAGGAGCGACUGGUCAUCAGUCUGGGCGCCACCCUUGUCCUGCUCACCCUCCUGCUUAUCGUCGAUGUGCAGAUGGACUUCGGGGUGGCCAAUCGCCACCUCCUUCAGCAGCAGCACCAGAAGAUCCGACUGGGCAACGACUACGAUGCCACGGGUGGCGGCGGAAUGCUGCACGAGUUCAAGCGCAAAUUCCUGCAGAAGAGCAACUCCUCGGGCUCCAAGGAGGCAUCCACCCAGGCGGGGGCGAGCCAGAGUGGCGGGGCGACCAGUGGUCAGGAUGUGGCUGCCGGUGCUUCGGGCGGAGCAGCCGGACCCGGCACAUCAAGGAGCACAUCCACGAGGAAGCCCACACCACACGAUCGCUAUGCGGAUCUGCAGAAGCACCUGCUCAGCGAUGAGUACUCGCAUGUGAUUGUGGACAAUGCGCCGGAUGUGAGCAGGGACAAUCCCACGCUGGCCGAGAUGCUGCACCGCAAGGCCAGUGCAAAUGCCAGCAAUUUGGAGCGCUUCCAAUUGCGCAUCACGAAGAAGGAGCUGUACGGCGAGCAGGACACUCUGGUGGAUGCGGUGCUACGUGACAUGAUCAAGCUGCCAAUACAGCAUGUUGUGCAAAAGGAGGGCGGCACCCAGCUGAAAUUGAUCAUCGAGUACCCAAACGAUAUCAAGGCCUUAAUGAAGCCGAUGCGGUUUCCGCGGGAGCAGCAAACGCUGCCCAACCACUUCUACUUCACGGACUACGAGCGCCACAACGCCGAGAUUGCCGCCUUCCACCUGGACAGGAUCCUGGGAUUCCGGCGUGCCAUGCCCGUGGCCGGUCGUACGCUGAACAUUACGACCGAAAUUUAUCAACUGGCCGAGGAGAAUUUAUUGAAGACGUUCUUUGUUUCGCCAUCGCUGAAUUUAUGCUUCCAUGGCAAGUGCUCGUACUAUUGUGACACCUCGCAUGCCAUUUGCGGCAAUCCGGACAUGUUGGAGGGCUCCUUCGCCGCCUUUCUGCCCAACUUUGAGUCGGGCAAUCGCAAGGGACGCAAGCUGUGGCGGCAUCCCUGGCGACGGUCCUACCACAAAAGGAAGAAGGCCCAAUGGGAGACAGAUGCCAAUUAUUGUGCCCUGGUCCGGGAUAUUCCGCCCUACGACGAUGGAAGGCGACUGUACGACCUGAUGGACAUGGCCGUCUUUGAUUUUCUCACUGGCAACAUGGAUCGUCAUCAUUACGAGACAUUCAAGGUCUACGGCAACGAGACUUUCCCCCUGCAUUUGGACCACGGCCGUGGUUUCGGGCGGCCCUUCCACGACGAGCUCUCCAUCCUGGCGCCCGUGCUGCAGUGCUGCCUGAUACGCAAGUCGACGCUCGUCAAGCUGCUGGAGUUCCACAAUGGUCCCAAGCCGCUGUCCCAGCUGAUGGGCGAGUCCCUGAGCCAGGAUCCCGUCAGUCCUGUGCUCUGGCAGCCGCACCUGGAGGCCCUGGACCGCCGGACCGGCAUCAUCCUGCAAAGCAUACGCGACUGCAUAAAGCGCAAUCCGCCGGGCGACGUGGACGGAUCCGAGACGGACGUUUCCUCGUAGCGAUGAGGAGGCGACCGGAGUGAGCCCACAAAUCAUCCUAGAGCAUUAGAUUAAAUCCCCUAGCUGUUAGUCGCGUGUCCUGUGUGUUGAAACUGAAACAAAAAACAAUUAGCGUUAAUGUGUUGGUGGCAAUCGGUCUUUGGAAAAGAUCAACGUCCUAAGUGAAGGAAUCCCUGUCGCUCUGUCUGCACAUACCAAAAAACGGAAAUUAGAAAACGAGGCCAAGAGCCGAGGGCGGAAAUGAAUUCACUCUAAUGUUUAUACUUUCACCUAGAUUGUUUGUCGGGCAGCUGGAAAAUGCUUUGAUUGGCAAUGAAAUUUGAGUACCUCCCACCCAAUCGCACACCCAAAUCAAAACGAGCACUAUCGUACGCUUACAGUGGGUGCCAAAAGUAAACGAAGACGCCAUGUGCAAACAACUUGAACGGGAAAGUAAAAACUAAAAUAUAGGGCAAAUCUUGACAUUUUGCCAGCGUGCGCCAGAAGGCAAAAGACUAUAAAACAUAAACAAGAAGAACUAAAACUGGAAGGAUAACUACAAAAAAUUGAAACUAUUUUCUAAAUAUUUAUUUAUAAUUUUUGCAUACAUUUUAUGACUUUUACAUAUGUGCAUACACUUUUCUCGUAAGCAAUGAUUCCCCAACUCCCCACGCCCAUUCUCAAGAAAAGUUGUUGCAAGUUUAGUUCGUAAGUUGACCUAACAUUAUGGUCGAUAUCAGGCGUAGCUUUAUCCGAUUCAAGGAUCGUCUUAUUAGUUAGUCCAAUCAGUUCCAGCGAGAAUCAUGUACUUCAUCAUGUCGGAAGCAAAACAAACGUGGAACAACUACUGUUAACAAACUAAUUAAUACUAUUAUUGAGUACAUAGCUAAGUUAAAUUUGUUUUUAUUAUUGUAACGUUUUUCAAUUGUACCUAGAGUGGUUGAGAUAGAGAGCAUUGAUUGGCCAAGAAAAGAAGAAGAGACAGGUGAAUAGAGUGUGAAAACUAUGAGAAAACAACAACAAAAAUGUGUUAGACAUAGUAAAAUUUUAGUGAAAAUUUCUGAUGUAAUUAAUAAAAAAGUACCAAAGAAA